AUGACACGGCAGCUGGCGGGUCCGACGGGCGGCGGCACGGCGGCGAUCGUGGUGGGAACGGCGCUGGGCGGGCUGGUGGGGUUCUACGUCAUGCACCACGCCGAGCUGCGCUACAAGGAGCGAUUGCGGCAGGACAUGGCGCGACUGGCAGCAAGGGACGAGGGGGAGGAGGCAUCGGCGCGCAGGGAGAGAGAUGAGAGAGCGCCGUUGCACAGCCCAGAGAGAAGCUCGCAUUGA